UGUUUGCUAGUAUCCCGUCUGCCUACCGUCACCUCCCUUCUUUUUACUACCUUACUCUUGCCCUUACCACCGUUACUGGGAGAACACACAAACUUGACGACAGUCGGAAAAUCUCAGUUCGUCACGGGAAAAAGCUCUCUUCCAACGAAACCAUCAUUUCCUUUGCCCUUACAUCACCUUUUUAACGCAUUACACUCUCCCACCACUCGCAAGCUCUCCCACCACUCGCAAGCUCUCCCACCACUCGCAAGCUCUCCCACCACUCGCAAGCUCUCCCACCACUCGCCAUCUCACCAUGGCCAGCCAGCAGGUCCUCCUCGUGGCCCUGAUCGAGCGGAUCUCCGAUUUGGAGAAACGGACCUCCGAGGCCGAGAACCGGGCCACCGCGGCCGAGAACCGGGCCCUCGAGGCCGGGGAGCGAGUCUCCCGCCUGGAGCGCUGCCUCAAGGCGAUGGAGGACGAGACAUUGCAGAUGAGGGGGAGCACCCUGGCACUGCACCGCAAGAUCCGGUCCGUCUCGCUGGGUGUUACCAAUAAUUUUCGGGCGGUCGAGGUUCUCGCUGUGCGCCUGGGCAACGAGCAGAAGUCGGUGAGGGACAGCAACGUAGCCCAAAACAAGCGACUCAAUAACGUGAGACGGGCCAUGGCAGCCGGAAAUUGGGGGUUUUACAGGCGGGCGGACGAGUUGGAGGAGAGGUUGGAUCUGGUGGAUGGCCAGAUCAAGGCACUCAGCAGGCUCCUUCUCGAGGAGAAGGAGAACGCGAAGAAAGGGGAGAUGAGCCGCAAUAAGAUCAUGACAUCCUGUGUCUGAUCUCAAAGGGCAUUGUUAAUUGAGCGUUUUA